UUUCCGUUUCCGGUUUUUGGUUGGGCCGUCCCUCCAAAGUCUGGCGCGCUGUUUAAAACACACAGGAGAAACGCGGGUAGAAGAAGCAGCAGAACCGCAAGAAACUCAAAUUUUGAGCCAGCGUUGAUUGUUUCGUGUUGCUAGACAAAAACAUCUUAGGUGAAGUCUAAAAAUGAUUCCCACUACCAGGAAGAGAAAACUCCCCUCUCUGGACUCUGACAGCCAUCCGGCCAAGAAGGGGGCGAGGAGGGAACUGUCUCCUGUGAAAAGUGUGAAGUCUCCUAGAAAAAAGCCACCAGGACGCGUAGACAAGCAGAACUGCCCGUCGCCUCUGAAGCCUUCCAUAGUUACCAACUCCUUCUAUGGCAAACAGAAGACAGUCUAUCUUACUCCACUAGAGAGGAAGGCGAUUAAGGACUCUCUGCCUUCUCCUCCAUCUGUUCCUCGUCCUCCCUCUGAGGCCAAAGAGCCAGACGAGAAUAAAAAGAAAUCUGUAAAAAGGGGCAACAAGAUGAAGAAGGUGUCUGCUGGAUCCAAUAAUAAGGGGAACAGGAGUAUUAAAAACCUAUCUUCUGUAAAGACCAUCAAGCUGUCAAAACUAAACAGCAGUGUCGCUACAUCAGAAUCCAGUACAGCUGUGUCUUCUGCCAACGUCACCAAGCCUGCAGAUCCCAAGAAAGUAAUUACCAUCACUUUCAGCAACCUGAAGCCCAAGCCCAAGAUCUUUGUUGGAGCUGCAUUCUUUGGUACAGGGAAGAAACCUUCAUCCAUGUACAAGAAAUCCACACCGAAAUCCUCGACCAGGCCAGCUUCAGCCCAGGAGAAAAGCAAGACUGCACCAUCUCAGGUGAAAAGUGAGAAGUCCAAGCUGCUGCAGCAACCACAGAGGCCUGAAUCUGCGAUGAACCAGCCACAGACACAACCUGGAAAGACUGCUGGUCAAGUGACUGACACAGACAAGAAGCAUCUAUCAACUAAGAAGCAAGUAACGUUUGAUCCAACAGACUGGAUGGACUCAGUAAAUGAAAAGCAUGAAUCUCUGACGCCAUCAAGCUCUCCCAAAGUGGUGAAGGAGAAUCACGUGAUAAUGAAGGAGCUGUCGGUCGUGCUAAUAAGGACUCCACCUAAAGCCACAUCCAUCAGUGCUCAGGAUGAUUCAUUGACAGACAGCCCUGAGCCUGUGUUUGACCCGAGUGAUGUGAGCCCCACCAGCGCUGCCUCCAGCCCCCCUAAUGAACCUGCAGCAGUGUAUCCCAUAUUUGGUUCUGCGUCCAAGAGACUGAGGAACUCUCCUCGACUGAAUCCUCCUGUGUCCUCCGCUUCUGGCCCGGUGGCCUCACUGCAGUCUUCUGCUGUGAAAGAGCGGGCUCUUCGCAGGAGAAAGGAGAAACAGGACAAUGACCAGCUCAUAAUUGACGCCGGUCAGAAGCAGUUCGGAGCAGCGACCUGCAGCUCGUGUGGCAUGGUGUACAGCACAGACAACCCAGAGGACAAUUUCCAGCACACCCAGUUCCACCAGCGUUUCCUCGAAUCCAUUAGAUUUGUGGGUUGGAAGAAGGAGCGGAUGGUGGCAGAGUUCUGGGAUGGAAAAAUUCUCCUGGUGAUGCCAGAUGAUCCCAAAUACGCCAUAAGAAAGGCUGAUGAGGUGCGUCGUGUAGCGGAUAAUGAGUUGGGUUUCCAGCAGGUGACUCUGAGCAGCCCCUCCAAGGCCCAAACCUACCUGUUUAUUAACACGGAGCGCAUGGUGGUGGGAUGUCUCAUCGCUGAACCCAUACGGCAGGCUUACAGAGUCCUUGCGCAGCCGGAUCAACACAAGGACAUGACCAAGGAUGACUUCAUGGAGCGACACAGAGCCUGGUGCUGCUCCACCGUCCCAGAGGAAGCCCUGUGUGGGAUCAGCCGGAUCUGGGUGUUCAGUCAGGCCAGGCGGCACGGCAUCGCGACCCGCAUGCUGGACACUGUCAGGAGCACCUUCACAUAUGGGAGUCAUCUCACCAAGGAGGAAAUUGCCUUCUCUGACCCAACUCCUGACGGCAAACUGUUCGCAACCAAGUACUGCAACACACCAACGUUCCUGGUUUACAACUUUGUUGCAUGAAGCUUGUAUUAAACACACGGUACAGAUAUUAACAGAUGUUCAGGCAGGUGUUUAUUCCUUUUAAUAUGUAAAUAAGGGUUUUACGUGUUAACUAGGCUGCGUGUGUGUAUGAGCUACAGUUAUGCUUUAACUGUUAUGGAUGAAGUCAGCUUAGUGACUAGAGUUGAGUUGUUAUAAAGUAUUUAUACUCUGUGCUGCCUCGGUUCCAGUUCAAUGUUGUGUGUGUAUAUAAUAGCAGCAUUUUUACUUUUCCGAAGGAGGUAACCACUAGUGUUCAGAUUUGGUUCUAUUCAUCAACUGUUUUCUGAAGGAAAAUGUUUAGACGGUGCCCUGUUGAAAAGGGUCACAUGUCACUGUUAACAGGAUGUAAAGAUUUAAUAAAUACUUGCCUUUGUUUUAAAAA